AUGCCAGGGUGGAAGAGUUUGGCUGUUUAUACACCUCACCCUCACGUCUGUGGAAGCAGGUGCUUUGCUCUUGCCAGACCGCAACAUUCUAUAACACUCUACGAUAUUCUAUGCUUCCGGCUCAUUUCAACCCCAGGUAAGGUCAAGGAUCUUUCUGAAAGAACAGUGGAAAGAAGCUGGCGUGCCGAACUCAAAGUUACCUUUAACAGGCGAGAGAGCUAUGGUGGGCCCCUAAAGAAGUGUACCCACCAGAAAAUCCCCGAAGACGUCGAAAAGCUACCCCACUCCUCAGCUCCUACUGUUACCCGUUAA